CAACCACCAUUUCCUCCGUCCCUUCUGCACGUAAGGGAAGGCCGGAUCUGCACCGACUUCAUAUUAGUUUCUCGAUACAGUAGAAGCAUCGCGCCACAUUAUAACGCGAGAGCGCCAGCGCCCGUAGUGUUGAUAAUUACGCGCCUCUAGACAGUUGAUCCGAGCGUAGCCUUAGUGAAGGUGCUGUCCAUGCAAGCAGAGAGGAAAAUAGGAGCAUUGAGAGUGGGAGCAUCGAGACCGGGAGUAUUGAAAAUAGGAGUUUUGAGAUAGGAGCAUUGAUAACAGGUCCGUUCUGUAGGCGACGAUACUCCCGCCGGCCUUGCGCGAGUCGCACAACGGUCAACGGUCCUUUCUGCUGCUAACUCCGUGCGCUAAGCCGCGGCGCUAUCGAUCUAGAUUUCCGCCAUCGGUCAUUGCGUGCCGUCAGGAGCGGCGUGACUUACGGGCAGAGUAAGACGGCCCGCGGAACACAGUGUGCCGACGAGUUUCGCCAACGUCGCGUUCACAUUUCAUGGCGACAACAGGCCUCCAUUCGCGAAGUCGGGUUACCCUGCGGGUAGUCCUUUUCGCCGCGUUCCUUUCCUCGCUGGUGUCGCUAGCAACCGCCAUUCGCUUAUCGCCAGCACCCGCGCCGUCGCCAACUCCCCAACCGAACUCCGUCCCCUUGAUUGAACAGCCACUGCCAGAAUCCGUCAACCCGGCCGAUCCUCAGUCAGUAAUAGACGGACUGUUGACGGAUCCCCGUCUGUCCCGCCUACCGCCGGGGCUUCACGUCCCGAAGCGCGACACGCGGCCGUUAGUGACGGACCCGGCAUACGUGGAUUCGAUAGUAGCAGCAGAGGAGGAGCCUGUAGAGGACUUUAUAGCGGAGGAAGAGGGGGGGGCGGGCGGGGCGCAGGGGAGGGUAACGCCGAGCGAAGUGACGCCCAAGGGGACUCCCGUCUACGUCCAUAGCUCCCAGAUCGCGCCUAUGAUGGAGCUCAAGUCCGUGUGGGGCAAGACGGCGGAUCUGUCCACGUGGGUGGCGUCCAAUCCCUGCGCCACGUGGCGGCUCGUGAAUUGCUGGACGAACGGGUUCAUACGGCGCAUGGAGAUGAGCUACCAGGAGCUCUUUGCUACCCUGCCGUCCGCCAUCGGCGCGCUUACCCAGCUGGAAGAGUUCUUCGCGGUGCACAACUGGAUCUACGGCGACAUACCCGAGUCGUUCAGCAACCUCGUCAACCUUAAGAACCUGCAGCUGUACCAGAACUUCCUCAACGGCACCAUCCCUGCCUCCAUGGGGCGCAUGACCAGCCUCUACCAGCUGCAUCUGAACCUCAACUACCUCACUGGCUCUAUCCCCGACACCUUCUCCAACCUCAAGAACAUGCAGAAGUUCUACGUCCCCAGCAACCUGCUCUCGGGUCCCUUCCCCACGGUCGUGUGCACCAUGACGAGCCUCCGCCAGCUCCGCCUGAGCUACAACCGCUUCACGGGGCCGGUGGCAGGAUGUCUGAGCAUGCUGAAGAACCUCAACUACAUGUACAUUGACACCAACAAGUUCAGCGGCGUGCUGCCUUCCAGCAUCGGCACCAUCAUGCCCCUCACCAACCUGUUCAUCAACCAGAACAGCUUCAUCGGCCCUCUCCCCAUCGCCCUCACUCGCCUCACCAACCUCAACAUCCUCUUCAUGAGCAGCAACCCCUAUCUGGACGGCCCUCUGCCAGCCAACGUGGGCAGCAUGAAGAGCCUCACGGACCUGGUGGCUGAGUUCGUUCCCUUCAACGGCACCAUCCCUGCAAGCAUCUCCAAGCUCACCAAACUCUCACGCAUUCUGCUGGACAACAACCAGUUCACGGGCACCAUUCCCAACGGCAUCAGCCGCCUCAAGGAGCUCACCGUGCUAUACUUGGAGGAAAACGAACUUUAUGGCACCUUCCCUCGAGGCAUCAUGUCCCUUCCCAAGCUCAGCUUACUCAACCUGCACAACAACAUGCUAUCGGGUCCUCUCCCUACAGGCUUCCGCAACGGCACGCUGCUCUCAGCCGGCCAGUACAACCUCCACAGCAACUACUUCUACGGCCCCGCCUCCGUAACCGCAGGCGGGGUAACCGCAUGCCCGCAGGACCAGACCCGGCGCGGGGUCUUCUUCCAAUCGUCUAUCGCGUCCAACUGCCUCACCUACCCCAACACCUCGGCUUGUUACAAGGCGGGGCGGGUAGACAAGCAGGUUGGAGCCAGCACCUGCCUGAGGUUCUGCAAUGCUGGGGUGAACCCCUGUGGGGGCCACGGGGCGUGCUGGUUCACCGCGGGUGUGGCGCCUAACUGCCUGUGCGACAAGGGGUAUGUUCCCACGGAGGACAAGCAGUCCUGUAUAAAGAAGGCAAGGGGGAAGAGUAACCCUCCCAGCACCAAGCCUAGGACCUGUGGGCCCCUGGGGUUGAUCUGCAAUUAGACAGGCUGCCAACUGGGAUAUUGUGCCACUAAACUAAGAGACCCAGAAGCUACCUGCUCCAGUAGAACCUGGAACUGUUCCUGUAUUAUAUGCUGUGCUUGAAUAACUUUACGGCAUACUGUUGUUGUACUGGUAGUACUAUUAUUGAGCGCUUGGCACACGAAUAAAU